GUGCUGUAAAAUUACAGGGGAAUACAAUUGCAACCUCCAUCUCGGUUUUGUCGCAGCAGAAACGUGUCGGUGGCUACGAGCUUACUCCUGGCAAUGCGAAAUACGUGUGUGAGAUUCCUGGAUGUUUGCUGCCGAUGAAACAGUUCCGAAAUGCGGCCGGGUGGAGCAGGAUGCUCUCCAGGAUAUCCAGGCGGGACGGAGCUCGACUCGAUGGUUCGGCGCGGGCGGCGGGGCGCUCUGGGCGGCCGCGCCGCACUCUAUGGUGCGAUGGGAGGAGCGGCGGGGCACGGCGGGCGGCUCCGGCCCGGCGGUCCUGGAGCCUUCGGCGAGCACCAUGUCGCCUCCGAAAGAAAAUGUCAGCUUACUGUUCAAGCUAUACUGCCUCACGGUGAUGACCCUGGUUGCUGCCACGUACACGGUGGCACUGCGGUACACCAGGACAGUGGGGACAGAACUCUACUUUUCAACGACGGCUGUGUGUGUCACUGAAGUUAUCAAGUUGGUCCUGAGCGUGGGCAUCCUGGCUAAAGAAACUGGAAGUCUGACAAGGUUAAUAACAUCUUUAAAAGAAAAUGUAUUCGGAAGUCCUAAAGAAUUGCUAAAGUUAAGUGUUCCAUCUGUGGUGUACGCUCUCCAAAACAAUAUGGCAUUCGUGGCUCUUAGCAACUUGGAUGCUGCAGUCUACCAGGUGACAUACCAGUUGAAGAUCCCUUGUACAGCUUUAUGUACGGUCCUGAUGCUGAACCGUACCCUUAGUAAGUUGCAGUGGUUUUCUGUCUUCAUGCUGUGUGUUGGUGUUACCCUUGUUCAGUGGGAGCCUGCUCAGGCUACAAAAGUACAGGUGGAGCAGAAUCCAUGGCUAGGGUUUGGAGCGAUUGCUGUGGCAGUGUUAUGUUCAGGAUUUGCAGGAGUUUAUUUUGAAAAGGUGUUAAAGAGUUCAGAUACUUCCUUGUGGGUGAGGAACAUUCAGCUGUACUUAUCUGGGAUUGUGGUGAAUUUAUUUGUCGUGUACACGUCAGAUGGAGCCAAAGUUCUUGAGAAAGGGUUUUUCUAUGGCUACACAUACUACGUCUGGUUUGUCAUAUUUCUGGCCAGCGUGGGUGGCAUCUACACCUCGGUGGUUGUUAAGUACACAGAUAACAUCAUGAAAGGCUUUUCUGCAGCGGCAGCCAUUGUUCUCUCUACUGUGGCAUCAGUCAACCUCUUUGGCCUCCAGAUAACUUUUACCUUCAUCCUGGGUGCUGUCCUGGUGUGUUUUUCUAUUUAUUUCUAUGGAUUACCUCGACAAGACACCACAAAAAUCCAGCCCUCAGAGACUACGAGCUCAAAAGAGAGACUUCCUACUGUGUGAUGUCCAUAAAAAUGGACAGAUGGACAAGAGAAAAACGGACUUUUAAAAUAAAACUGCUUUUCUUUUUUCAAAAUUAGCCUUAAGCUAGUCAUGAAAUGGUUUAAGUAGGGAUAGACUAAAAGCAGAAGUUCUGUUUUACUUGUGGAAUUUCCAGUGGCUGACACUGAGCCUACACUGCAGCUGAGGAGCUGGCUGGGUAUUUUAUGGAAGGUAUUCUUCAUUCACAUCGACAGUGAAGAGUCUCAUUUACAAGGAAAACCCAAUGAAGGAACUGAUCACUCAAUUGUACAUAAUGUAUAUAACACAGGGAAAUAGGUUCUUUGUGUAUUUGAUAAACUGUCUUGCUCUUUGAAGGCAGAAAUGCCUGAAAGCUUCAUAAAAAAAACUAUUAAAAAAAACCCCUACUGC